UAUUUCUCCUUGUUCCCUCCUCUCUCCUGAUGCAGACUUUCUCAUCUUGCUGUGUCCUUCCUACUGAUGAAGACUCACUCAACUUGACUUUCACUGCCAAUUUCUCUUCUGAGGACCUGCUAAAGGAGCUGUCAGGUCUGAAAAAGCAUCUGGAGAAGGUCGGCCAAUGGGACAUCCUGCCUUUGACUCCAACAGGUCGUGAAGCUCCAAUCUUCACCCUCUGGCCUCCUGAACCUCAGAGCAGAGAGGAGUUUUUACAAUACUUCUGUCCCCUCACACUGGACAUCAACACGGCACACAGAGACCUCCGUCUGUCUGAAGGGAAUAAGAAGGUGACAUGUGAGUGGACAAAAGCCAAAUAUCCUAAUCGUCCUGACAGAUUUGACUACUGGCGCCAAGUUCUGUGCAGAGAGGCUCUGACUGGGACACGCUGUUACUGGGAGGUGGAGUGCAGUGGAGAUGAACUGGAGAUUGGAGUCGCAUAUAAAGGACUGGAAAGGAAAGGAGAGGGUGAGGAGUGCGGCCUUGGAUACAACGACAAGUCCUGGUGUUUGCAGUGGACUGAUUCUGAGUACUCUGUGAGUCACAAUAAUGAGGAGAUUGUAAUCAGCGCCCCCUACAGCCCCAGAAUAGGUGUGUAUCUGGACUGGCCUGCUGGCUCUCUGUCAUUUUAUAGCGUCUCACACACAAUGACCCUCCUGCACAGGUUCAACACCUCCUUCACUGAGCCCCUCUAUCCAGGGUUUUGGCUUGAUCUUCACUGCAGUGUAACAAUCUGCCAUUUGACACCAUGUGACCACUGACCAGUACCCUCCACCGGUCACUUGAUGUCCCCACAAGCUCAGGUCCUCUUCGUGUUUGUAGUUUGGGAUCAAAAUUAAUUUUACAGGAUGGGUGGAUUGGGGGGGGUGCAGCACCUCUGUGAUUGAAUUUGUGGAUGAAAAUGCAGGGCGAGUGCGGCUGUCAGGGUCUCCAUCAUUAUUGGGUUUGAUGCCAAUCAGGUGUGUGUGUCAUAGUGAGGGGCGGAGACACCUCAGACCUACAAAUACCAGACUGACCAGCAGGGGUCACUGUUGAUUCACAGCCACAUGACCUGCAGGCUGACACCCCAAUAACCACUGAGGUCCCCAAGUGUCACUGAAUGUCACCUGUUAAGUACGACAGGCGUGUGGUCCUGCUGGAUCAGCAAAACUGAAAGGUGCUAUACAGACUCAGUAUCGAGAGCUCUUGAAUUAACAACAACAACAUUUAUUUCUAUAGCACAUUUUCAUACAAAAAGUAGCUCAAAGUGCUUUACAUAAUGAA